CUGACUGGAUGGACGCAUAAUGUUGUCGCUUGUUUGGACAGUUACGGUGUAAUCUUCGUUUUCCUACUGUCCGGCUCGUAAAGAAUUCAUUUACACAUCCAGGAACAGACACAGCGAUGAACUCUGGAAGCGACCGAGAAUAUUUACCUCGGAAGCUUUGAGCAUUUCCAGCGAUGGACAAACAAAAAGUGCUGGCCCGGCUGGUUUCGGACCUGCAGGCGUUCCUGUUGGUUCUGGACAGUGAGAAUCUCAGCUAUAUCGCUCAGGCCCAGAAAAAAUCCAUCUCAGAGCUGCUAUCUAAACUGCAGGACAAUAAGGACACACCAGCAGAGGAUGCGGAGUACAUGAUUAUGAACUGUCCCUCUGGAGGCCCCAGUGAUCUCAGGAAAAGCAGAACUGCAGAGACUGAUCUCACAGAAGAACCUCUUUCAAACACCUCUACUGAAUGUCUGCAGUCAGGGCCUGUGGGUCCUGCUGUCCCCCCAAACCCCCUGUGUUUAGAGGAUGAGGACUGUUACGAGGAGGCAGAACCUUUUGUUCCAGCCAGUCAAUCUAAAGAUAAAGUGGACUCAGACAGUAGUCACUACGAGUCGUAUGCUGAAGAGGAGGAUGAGGAGUUUGUGAAGGACAGAGCUCAUUACAUCCAGUGGAGCUCCUCUCAGCCCUGCUUAAGACCCGUCCCAGAGUCUCGCAUCUGUGGAUAUGUCUGGAGGAAGAAGUGGCUGGGCCAGUGGACACGCCAACUCUUCAUUAUUAAACACAAAUCACUACUGUGUUUUAAGUGUGCUAAAGACCUGCACCCUCUACUGGAGCUCAACCUGACAGGUUGCUAUGUGGUCUACAAAUCCAAGCACAGUAAGAAAAUGCAGCACGAGCUAAAGGUGGUGUCCAGUGCUGAAACACUAAUCAUGGGCUUCCAAAGUGGCACACAGGCGGAAGAGUGGAGGAAGAUUAUUGAAGAAGUGAGCGGCUCCUCUUACUAUGAGCCUGAAUUGCACAGCUCCUCAUCUAUUCUGAAGAGUGAAAGGCUGGACUCUUGCAGGUCAAGUACAGUCCUCCAUACAGAUUCAGAUGAAGAGAAACUCUCUGGUCUUCCAUCUGCUGUUAGCAGUGUGGAAAUCAAAGACAGAGACCGAGCGGCCUUCCUUAAUGUUUUGAUGAACUGUCAGUGGCAAAGUCUGUGGUGUCGGGUGGACGAGGGCAUUCUGAAGAUGUGUCGGGAUGAGGCAUCAGAGGAGACACCUCAGUACACGGUUCAGCUCAGAGGGAGUGAGGUCCGACCCGGCCCGGAUACAGCACAUGCUUACCGCAUUACCAUCAUGCAGCAUGGAGACCAAGUGGCUGUACUGGAGGCCAGUUGUGCAGAUGAUAAAGAACAGUGGGUUCAACUCCUGCAGGAUGGGAGUUCCACUGCAGCUGCCUCUCCAUAUGAACACAGCAGCCACGAGUCACUGAGUGGUCUGAAAAGCCGCAGGUUCCCCACCUCAAACAUGUACAUGGAUGACCCCUUUCAGCAGCUCUGCGGUGCAGUUCACACUCAGCCCAUCUAUUCAAACUCAUCCAUACUAGAGCACAUGUUUCAGAAAUCCUACACUGGUAGAAAUGGAGAGUUGGUGUCAUCCAAGGAUUCUGCCAACUACAGCAAUAAUGAAAUCUUCAGCAACCACAAAAAUGCCAUCUGUGCCAAGCAUGUGUGGUGGCAGCCGGUGGAGAUGUUUGAUCAUAUCUAUCAUGGAAACAUUAACCACAAAGAGGAGUGCAAAACUAAAUGUAUGUUAACAAAUAUCAAAAAGUGGUGUAGCAUUCUCUGUAGGACUCUCAGUUUUAAGAUUUUCAUUUACUAAAAGGGGUUGUAGUUCACCCAAAAAUUUAAAUAAUGUCAUUAUUAUUAUCUCAUGUCGUUCCAAACCCAUAUGAUUUUUUAUUUCUUCUGUGAACAUGCAAACUAUAAAAAAUGUUAAGAAUAUCCUGGAGUCUUUUUAAUGGAUAGAACGUGAAUGAGUCUGGAGCUGUCAAGCUCCAAAAUGACCAAAAAAAAUAAUAAUCACAAAGUGUCAGAAAAGUGGUCCAUAUGAAUUCCCUUAGCCAUACAAUAGCGUGAGGAACAGACAAAAUGUAUGUCGUUAUUCACUGAAAAUCAUCCACCUUUGGUCUCAUUAAUGGGCACGUUAAUGAGAGUUCAUGAGAGAAGUAGCAAUGUCUUAUUUAUAAACAAAUCUUUCUUUUGAGCUUUUUAAUGAAUCAGUGGAUUCAGUUCACACUGGGGAAGAGUAUCAGUGAUUAACAACUUAAAUUGUAGUCCUCUUCCUCACGCAAACAACCCAUUGACUUUAUAAGACUUGGAUUAUGGCACACAAGUUGAAUUGACCUGUUUUGUGAUACUUUUAUGUUACUUUUGUGUUCUUUUUGAAGCUUGAAAGCCUCAGUCCCCAUUUAUUGGAGUUGCAUGAAUAAAAGGACCAGUACUAUUCUGUAAACUUUGCCUUUUGUGUUCCAGAGAAGACAGAAAGUCAUACAGGUUUGGAAUCAUAUCUUUUUUGACUGAACUAAUAUUUAACUGCCAGUUUAGUGACUUUAAUUUGCAAAAGUGACUUUGCGCUCAACUAGAGGGCAAAGUGUUAUUGUGUUGUGUGUGUUAUACGGCAUGAGAGGUGAGCUUUAAGACUUGUGUUUCUGGAAAGGAGCGGAACACUUUUCCACGCUUCAAUUUUGGAAGAGAUCUGCGGCGGCUAGCCCUUUUUUUUCUCUCUCAUGGUUGUGGUUACAUGCACACACAUUCUUUUAAGAUUCUUCAGUCAAAACCAUGAGAAUAUCAUGUUUUCUUUUUGAACCCAACUUUCCAGUGCACGCUGUUCUCAUGGAGGAGAUUAAGUGUGGGUGAAAAGUAGAAAAGUGAAGGGCAUACACUUCCUCAAAAACAUGAAGACCUCGAAAAGAGGGGGAAUAUUAUCAUGUUAUUACUAUAUUACCACCAUACUACUUUUACUAUGUCUGCUAUAUAUAGUAUGCAUGACCUGCAUUAUGUAAAAUGCACAUUAUCUGGAUGCGUAGAAUAUCUUUACAUUUGCCAAAAUUUGCAGUAUACUAUGCUGUGUACUGUAUCCUUCAAUGCAUUGUGCUCAACUUGACCUUCCGUUUCUAGUGUGAUGAGUGAAACAUUUGUAAUAUCUGCUGCAAUUUGUCUUGAUUCAUUAUCUGAUUGCACUGCCAAGAUUGAAAAUGCAAAAAAUAAAAAUAAUAAAAUUCCAAAAUGUGGAAGCCACACAAUGUGUGUAAUCAGGUGGUAAAUGCAAAUGUCAUGUGACUACAGUGUAUAAUAUUACUUUACAUUCUACUUUCACAUACUUUUUUUUAAUGGAAUAGUAGGCACUAUCCAGUGCAUACUCCACAGUAUGCAGUACACUAGUAUUCCAUACAGAACAAAGCCUCUGACACUACUUUUUUGUAGGAAUUUGUGGAGGUGAUGACUGUGAAAUUAAAGAUAUCAU